AUGCCGGCAGUUUCGAGGAGAUUAGUCCAACGGCCCCUCAGCGGAGGAACUUCUAUCUAUUCAUCGUCUUCUCUCAAACCGCUCUCCGAUCAAUGCCUGAAUGGAAGUGAUAAUCGUAGUCGAUACUCGUCUUCCCUUGCUACAAAGGGAGUGGGACACCUCGCUCGUAAGGGUACUGGUGGCAGAUCUUCCGUCAGUGGCAUUGUAGCUACAGUAUUUGGAGCCACUGGGUUUCUUGGUCGUUAUCUUGUGCAGCAGCUUGCUAAAAUGGGAUCACAAGUGCUAGUUCCUUUCCGAGGCUCAGAGGACAAUCCUCGACAUCUCAAGUUGAUGGGAGAUUUAGGACAGGUAGUACCGAUGAAAUUUGAUCCAAGAGAUGAAGACUCGAUUAAGGCUGUCAUGGCAAAGGCUAAUGUCGUUAUCAAUCUUAUUGGAAGAGAGUACGAGACCAGAAAUUUCAGCUUUGAAGAGGUCAAUCAUCACAUGGCUGAGAAACUUGCAUUGGUGGCCAAGGAACAUGGUGGGAUAAUGAGAUUUAUUCAAGUUUCUUGUCUUGGAGCUUCUUUGUCAUCUCCUUCAAGAAUGCAGAGGGCAAAAGCUGCUGCUGAGAAAGCUGUCUUGAACGCGCUGCCUGAGGCCACAGUCAUGAGACCUGCGACCAUGAUUGGUACAGAGGACAGAAUCUUGAACCCCUGGGCAAUGUUCGUUAAAAAAUAUGGUUUCCUCCCGCUCAUAGGUGGUGGGACCAACAAAUUCCAGCCCGUAUAUGUGGUUGAUGUUGCUGCUGCAAUCGUUGCAGCUCUAAAGGAUGAUGGCUCCAGCAUGGGGAAAACCUAUGAAUUGGGUGGUCCAGAUGUCUUUACCCCUCAUGAUUUGGCAGAGAUCAUGUUUGAUAUGAUUCGUGAAUGGCCUCGAUAUGUGAAGCUUCCAUUUCCAAUUGCCAAGGCAAUGGCGGGUCCUCGGGAUUUCAUGGUGAACAAAGUCCCGUUCCCUCUACCCUCUCCCCAGAUAUUCAAUUUGGAUCAAAUCAAUGCGCUUACAACCGAUACUCUUGUAUCUGACAAGGCCUUGACGUUUCAGGAUUUGGACCUUGUCCCUCAUAAAUUGAAGGGAUAUCCGGUGGAGUUUCUUAUCCAAUAUCGCAAGGGUGGUCCUAACUUCGGUUCCACUGUCAGUGAAAAGAUACCAACAGACUUCUACAAUUGA